GGCGGCUGGGCAUCCAGUCCCAGACCCGGGUCUCAGCCGCGCCGCCUGGCGCCCCCGCUCCCCCGGCGCGACCCCGACGCCAACCCCGUGUGGGUCGGGCGCGACCGCAGCGGCGGGAGGGAUGGCGCAAAAGAAAUAUCUCCAAGCAAAAUUGACCCAGUUUUUAAGGGAAGACAGAAUUCAACUUUGGAAGCCUCCAUAUACAGAUGAAAAUAAAAAAGUUGGUUUGGCAUUGAAGGACCUUGCUAAGAAGUACUCUGACAAGCUAGAAUGUUGUGAAAAUGAAGUAGAAAAGAUAAUAGAAGAAAUACGUUGCAAAGCAGUGGAGCGUGGCACAGGCAAUGAGCACUAUAAAGCAACAGGAAUCGCUACAAUCGAAGUCUUCUUACCUCCACGGGUAAAAAAAGAUAGGAAAAACUUGUUGGAGACCCGCCUGCAUGUCACUGGCAGAGAACUGAGGUCUAAAAUAGCUGAAACCUUUGGAUUUCAAGAAAAUUAUAUCAAAAUUGUCAUAAAUAAGAAACAACUUCAACUAGGGAAAACACUUGAGGAACAGGGAGUGACCCACAAUGUAAAAGCUAUGGUGCUGGAACUAAAACAGUCUGAAGAGGAUGUGAGAAAAAACUCCCAGGUUGAAGAAGAAGAGCAGAAUGAAGCCAAACUAAAAGAAAAAAGAAUUCAGAGGACUAAGAGAGGCCUGGAGAUACUGGCAGAGAGAGCUGAGAUGGUGGUGGAUCCAGAAACCACACCAUACUUAGACAUAGCUAACCAGACGGGCAGAUCAAUCAGAAUCCCUCCAUCAGAAAGAAAAGCCCUUAUGUUAGCUAUGGGAUAUCAUGAGAAAGGCAGAGCUUUCCUGAAAAGAAAAGAAUAUGGAAUAGCCUUGCCAUGUCUGUUGGAUGCUGACAAAUAUUUCUGCGAGUGCUGCAGAGAACUGCUGGACACUGUGGACAACUAUGCAGUACUCCAGCUGGACACAGUGUGGUGCUACUUCCGCUUGGGACAGCUGGAGUGCCUGGACGACGCAGAGAAGAAAUUAAACAUGGCCCAGAAAUGCUUUAAAAAUUGUUAUGGAGAGAAUCAUCAGAGACUGGUCCACAUAAAAGGAAAUUGUGGAAAAGAGAAAGUCUUGUUUUUAAGACUUUACUUGCUCCAAGGUAUCCGAAAUUAUCACAGUGGAAAUGGUGAAGAGGCUUAUGAAUAUCUCAACAAGGCAUGUCAGCUCUUUAAAGAGCUAUACAUUGAUCCAUCAAAAGUUCACAGUUUGAUGCAGCUGGGGUUCAGUGCCCAGGAAGCUCGGCUUGGCCUAAGGGCAUGUGACGGGAACGUGGCCCACGCAGCUGCCCACGUCACCAGCCGCAGAGAGAAAUUGGACCAAAUAAGGAAGGAGGAAAAAGAGAAGAAAAGACGCCGCCUGGAGAACAUAAACUGUUUGAAAGGAAUGGGCUACUCCGCUCGCGCAGCCAAGCAGGCGCUCCACCAGGCCAGCGGGAACCUGGAGGAGGCCCUGCAGAUUCUUCUCAGUCAUCCUCAGAUGUGGUGGUUAAACGAUUCUGGUCCGGAAACCAACAGCCAUCAAGAAAGUCCUUCUCGGGAAACCAUUGACCAACUCGUGUACAUGGGCUUUGACGCGGCAGCGGCCGAGGCAGCCCUGAGGGCGUUCAGGGGAAACGUCCAGCUGGCAGCUCAGACCCUCGCUCACAACGGUGGAAGUCUUCCUCCUGACCUGCAGCUCUCGGCGGAAGAUUCUUCCGCAACGCCACCCACAUCCCCGUCCGACUCUGCAGGGACCUCUAGCGCCUCAACAGAUGAAGAUAUGGAGACAGAGGCUGUGAAUGAAAUCCUGGAAGAUAUUCCAGAACAUGAAGAAGAUUACCUUGACUCAACUCUGGAAGACGAAGAAAUUAUUAUUGCAGAGUACUUAUCCUAUGUAGAAAGUAUAAAGUCAGCAACUAAGAGAAACUAAAUGAUGAACAGAAAUAAGCACUUAAGUUUCUGCUUAUAAAUUCUAUCAUUAUGAAAAGUGUAAUGCAGGUCUUUUUUUUUUCUUACGUUUUAUCUGAUUUUGCUCCAGGGUGCUUCCUACC